CCAUCCUCACCCCUGGUUUAGGGCCCGCUCCAUCUUGAAGCCCAAAGUAAAACAAAAGCCUUUCUCGUCUCUCUCCGCCGCCCCAUGUUAAAAGCACAAGCACUUUCCUUCUUGCCGAUUUUGUGCGGAGGCGGAGUCUCAGAAGGGAAGAGCAGGCAUGGAAGUAAAAGGAAACUUAAGCAGCUUUGUAGUUGGGUAUCUCCCGACGUUGAUGUAUAUUCCGGAGUUCAUCACUGAAAUCGAGCAAACCAACCUCCUAGCCAAUAUUUAUGGAGCACCUCCGUCCAAAUGGAAAUCUUUGAAAAACAGAAGACUGCAGAAUUGGGGUGGUGUAGUUCAUGAAAAGGGUCUCCUUCCGCAGGACAUGCCUCCUUGGCUGACAAAGAUGGCAGAAAGAAUAUCUGAGGAGUCAGGGUUGUUUCCAUCAGCAAUUAAUCAUGUUCUCAUCAAUGAAUACCUUCCUAAUCAAGGGAUAAUGCCACAUCAGGAUGGACCUGCUUAUUUUCCAGUAGUAGCAAUCGUGUCUCUUGAAUCACCAGUUGUUAUGAACUUCACUCCACAUCCCACUCUAAAAGUCUGCAGUAAUACAUUCAAGGACAACAUUGAGAAUCAAUGUUCCAGUGGGGAAUGUUUUCUGAAUAAGGCAGGUGAAUGGAAGGAUAAUCACCACCCUUUUUCUGUCUUGUUGAUGCCUCGAAGCCUAGUGAUCUUUAAGGAUGAUGCAUAUUCAAAGUAUUUGCACGGUAUACAAGAUAGCAAAAUACAUAGAUAUACUGAGGUUAUAAAUGAAUUUGAAGCUACCCAGUUGUGUAAGUGGGAAAAAGCUGUUGAAACAAUAGAUGGAGAUGACAGGAGUUUUUGUAGAAGUAGGAAGAGAGUUUCACUGACUUGCCGUGUUGUACUGAAAGUUCACAAGAAUUUGUUUAGGUUCUGAGAUGAACAAACAUCAUAUCUACUGUAUCUAUAACACAAUUUGUUUGGUUUGGAGUAUAAA